AUGACGUUUCCUCCGAAUCCAGAAAAUUCUUCCGAUGAAAUUCACAAAAUCGCAUUCUUACCGUCUGAAAAUGAUGAAAAUCUGCCAGAAUUUCAAUCGGAAACCCCUGAAAAUCUGGGUGAAUGGGAUUGGAGAUUUCAGAGAAAUCUGAAAUAUGUGGACGAAGAUUUUGAGCUUUUCGACGAUGAUGGAAAAGUGAUAAAAUGGACGGAAUUCUGCAGAUUGACAGAUCUGAAAAAAGGAAAAUUUUUGAAGAAUGAGAAGUCUCCGGAGAUGUUGUAUAAGAAGACGACGCCAAGAAUUCCGAAUAUUUUGAAAAAUUCGAGAAGUCAGAAUGCGAAAAUUCUGAAUUCGAAAUGCAAAACUUCGACUUCUGGGGAUCGACGGGAGAUUCAGAAUCGGACUCCAAAAAUGUAUCCCGUAAGAGUUUUGGAUCAGGAAAAUUCGAGAAGUCAAAAUCAAAAUCUGAAUCCGGCCGAUCACAUUCGGACACUUCACCAGCGAAAUUCUGGAAAUUCUGGGAACCUACAGUAUCCUGGAAACGCCACUACGGCACAUCGGACUUUGCAGAAUACUCAGAAUCAGAAUCAGAAUCGAAAUCCAUCAAACCCAGCUCCACGUCGUCAGAAUCAGCAGCAGAAUCUUUGGUUUCCACAAAAAACCAAGUAUCCAGUGAGAGUUUUGGCUCAAGGGAAUCAGCCCGACCCACCGAAAUACUAUUUCCCGGAGACUGGAACAUCGGAAAAACUCGAAAAACCGUAUUUUCGAUGCACACCACUCCCCUCGCCACCAAAUUCUGACGCGAAAACGAAGAAAAAAAUACAGUAA